UAGUAUGACACAUAGUCUAUAGUAUGACACAUAGUCUAUGGUAUGACACAUAGUCGUCUACAGUGAAGAUACAGACUUCGUCGUUCAUUACACAAUUUUGUAAUUCUUUUUUUUUUUAAUUUAAGAAGUAACUUCAAACACAGUUCCUUUUAACAAUCUACACGGGGCUACCAUACAUACAUCAAAAGGGAAGACACCUAUAGGUCUAUGUUAGUGAUCCUCGGAUAUGUCUUCUAGUUGAAAGGCUAAUUUUAGUUGAUUCUUGGAAACUGUAUACCGGUACUAAAAAAAAAUCAACCCAGUCGCAAUUCAGUUAUGAAAAAAAAACAGUUUUAGCUCGCGACCUUGGUGACACGUGUUCGAAACUUCGGAGGGCAUAACAGGAGAGAGAGAGACAGAGAGAGAGAGAGAGAGAGAGAGAGAGAGAAAUGUGAGCUUGAUUCCUUAGUAACGAAGGUUUAAUCUACCAGUCAGCCAUUAUUUUCAAAGAGAUUUUGUUACAAGUAGUCACAUACACAGACACCAACGUCGACAAUAAGGAUUUCCUAAUCUUUUGUAACAUACAUUCAAUUUAAUGGACCAACCGGUCGAAGCCAAAUUAAAUAAAGAUCAAAAACUGCAAGAAAAGUCUGAUUCAAGCAUUCCUCAUGGAAGGCACGAGACACAGGUGUGGGCGAUUGGAGAAUGUGAUUUAUCAAAGCAUUUUACAUCGUGCACUAAGAAUCCAGACCAUAAACGUUUCAUACCUAUUAAUCAAUUCACAUUGGAACAUCUACCCGACGGUUAUCGUGACGAAGACACUUUCCAGUAUAUAAAGACCAAAGCAGAUCUAACAGUUCGAGUAGCAGUAACAGCCGUCAGUCCUGAUAGACCAGAGUUUUGGUUAGGCUCUCAUGAUCCAUACCCGUUUUAUCAAUGCGGAGAAAACAUUCAUAGAUCUGGAACAGGUGAAAUGAAUAUAAUUAAGUUUGUAGAUGGAAAAGGUUUCGAUGCUAGGGGAAAUGUGUAUAAUGUACUCGAUGAGCAGUACGGGCGUGAUUAUAAAGUGUGUACGUGCGAACAGUGCCAGAAGCUUUGCACCAAGAAAACGGAAUGGUGGGAAAUCACCGUGCACACAGCAGCCCAUGUUGUCUUUGAUGAGCUGGAAGCUAAGCACACCUCGUGCAGACUGUUCUUUGACGAGGAAGACUGUCUUCUGGUUAUACUCGAGAACGCUAGAAUUGAUUACGUCAAUAUGGAUAGAGACGUCUGCGUGUUAAAGUUCGCCACACAUGACCAGCAACUGGAGGACAAGCUCGUCCAGCUUGUACGUCGCAGCGCUGACCUCAGUGAGAAACUGCUGGAGAAAUAUAGAUCCAGCCAGAGAACUGAUGACAAGUUUAAUUUCAUUGUGUCCCACCCCCACGGUUGUUUCAAGCAGGUCAGUAUCGGAGAGUGGAUUGAAAAUCUUAGAAUAAUGGAAGGCAAUGAGAAGUAUGACUUUACUAAGCUGACCUACACUACGGCCACUUGUCUCGGAAGUAGCGGGGCCAUGGUGUAUUGUCUAGGUAUUGGCACCCAUCACAUUCACUGUGGCACAUAUGGUAGCACAAAUUAUAGCGGAGUCUGUGUAUACCAUAAAUAAAGUAAAAGCAAAGACAUAAGGAUAAACAGUGGAAUUUGAUCUAAUACCAGAUAAUCUGCUUAGAAAAAUACAAACAUUCAAGGAGUUUCAGUACAACGAAGGUCUACUAAGUAUUAAGAUUUUUCUUUCUGCAUCUCAUCAGUAAGGUAAUAGUUGCAUAUCUACAUACAAAUGAUUUUAAAAACAUAUUUUCAGACUCCUCACAAAAUAAACAAAAUAAGUAAAAAAAAAAAAAAAAA